UCCAUGCUUGAGUAGUUAGUUCCAACUGACUCGUCAUCCAUCACUCGCUGCGUUGUUUCAUGGAACUGCAUUCGGUUCAACGAAUCGCCGUGAUCGUAACCGCCUCCUGCUUCUUCCUCGCUGUUCUCGCAGGUUUGGGUGGUGGGGCUCGCACCAGAAUUUCAGUGUUCAUGUCGCUGGGUUUAGUGGAAGGACCCAACAACACACUCCCUUUUCCACAUCGCAAACUUCUUCAUCGUGACCCUGCUAUGGUGAAACCGGAACGAAUAUGGGGUGACAAGUGUAGCAAAUCUGACAUUGUAAUCAACCAAGGCCCCACAGCACCACUCCCAAGUGGCAUCCCCACAUACACAGUUGAGAUCAUGAAUAUGUGCGUCAGUGGGUGCGACAUCUCUGGUAUUCACCUAAGCUGUGGCUGGUUCAGCUCUGCACGUCUCAUCAACCCCAAGCUUUUCAAGCGCCUCCGUUACAACGAUUGCCUCGUCAAUGAUGGCAGGCCUUUGCUCAACGGUGGUACUAUUUCCUUUCAGUAUGCAAACACCUUCCUUUAUCCACUCUCCGUUUCCUCUGUGGCCUGUACAUGACCCUGAGCUUUUGCCAUAAUUGAUCCAGCCAUAGUCAAUCCUAUAUACUAAACCAUAGGUACUUCCUGGGGAAAUUGUGGAUUGAGAAUGUUUUGAAUGUUUUGAGUGUUUUGGAUCCUAAAGUCUGGAGGAGGGUAGGCCAUGGUGAAUUAAUUGGUUGGAUUUUGCAGAGAUUGAUUCUUUUGACUUGUAUAUACACAUAUUAUAGGUAUAUGGCCAUGUCACUUAAAUGUGCAGGUGAUGGAUCUUUGAAAUGAAAUGUGAUGAUCAGAGGAAUAUGCUUACAGUUUUUUUGAUAGAAAGGAAGAGUGAGGGUCAAGUUCCAGACCCAAUUGCUUUUACCUUUUUAGUUUUAUAUUUGUUUUUUUUUUUGGGCAUGACGAGAUGAUAUACUUUUAGCCAUU